UUGUUUGUAAACACAAAUUGUUUGUCGCAAAAAUUGGAAAAUAUGCCGAAAAAAAGUUUUAGAGAAAAAUGAACUGACGCUUUAAUUCAUGAAGCUGCUGAAGAAAUUAUGGACAUUGAAGAAAUCGAAAGUGAUGAUGACGCAGUGGAUGCAGUGUUAAAUGAAUUGGCUGACAAUAUAUCUGUUAUUAUGGAAUGUCGGCGAGGAGAUUAUAGCACAAUACCUAAGUCAGACAUUUGGCGCAAUAAUAUUUUGACAACACUGGACGAAGACCGAUUCCGCCAAAUGUUAAGAGUAGGUAGAGACCAAUAUAAUAUGCUGGUUGAUUUAAUAAAAAACGAUGAGGAGUUCAACAAAGCGCACUCAUGUAAGCAAUUUUCUGUCGAAUUGCAAUUAGCAAUCACACUGUUUCGUUUGGGUUCGUCGGGAGAAAGCGCAGCAUUUAGAAAAAUAGCGACAAUUUUUGGAGUGGGAGAUGGCGAAACUAUAUCGCUAAUAACAAAAAGAAUCUUUAGAGUGUUCUUGCGUCACCAAUCUAAGUAUAUAUAUUGGCCCAAUGAGGUUGAACGAUCGAAAAUAGUAUCGGAUACCUUUGAUGAGUUACCGUUUUGUAUUGGAUAUAUUGAUGGAACCGAAAUUAAAUUAGCAGAAUCGCCAAUUGAAGACCAUACAUCAUACUUCUCCAGAAAUCACAUAUAUUCAAUAAAAGCACAAAUAGUUUGUGACUAUAAACGAGUAAUUCGACAUGUUGUGGUUGGUCACCCUGGGAGCUGGCAUGAUGCCCGUAUAUAUCGAAAUAGCUCACUCUUUCAACAAAAUGAUCAGUAUUUUUCUUCACAGCAAUGGAUUGCUGGGGACUCGGCAUACCCUUUAUCUGCAACGUUAAUAACCCCUUACAGAAGCAACGCAAGACAGUUGGAUAGAAAUGCCCGAAUUGCAUUUAAUUUACGGCACAGUUAA